GGGGAGGCGGGUGGUCCCUGCUAAGGAGGGCAGGGCUGCCCUCGGCGCCAGAUCCCCAGACACGGCCGCAGGCCUGAGAGCAUUUUGUGCCCAGUGGCCUGCGUCUGCCCAGCACGGGUGUCAGGGUGGCCAUGGGGAUGCAACGGCCAAGCCCAGACCUUCCGGAAGCUGCUCACCCCGAGGCAGCCCCUCCGAGUCGCCUCCGAGGACAGUGAUGCCAGGAGCCAGCUGCUGCGGGCGGUCCGCGGUCAUGGGGCCUGCACGUCCAGCCUUGAUUCCUGGGAGUGAGUCGCAACACUGGCGCCCACCCGGGUAGGGACCUAGAUGCCCCUCACCCAUCACCUGCGUUCUCCCUCCCUCCCUCCUCUCCACAGGGCUCGGCAGCUUCUAGAACUCUCUGGGAGAGAAGAGCCAGCCUGCAGGGAGACUGGGAAGGGCCGUGGGCUAGGCGGCAGUCCCCGUGUGCUUUGGGGGGGGACAGCACCUCUAUUCCAAGGCUUGGGGCUGCUCCCAGCCUCCUUCUUAAGGGCAAGGGAUGGAUGGGGCAGGCGCAGCUGUGGUGAUGGGCCAGGCGGGCAGAGAGGCCAGUGGGACCAGCGGGGGCACUUGGCUUCAGUUUCAGGGGCAGAGCCCUGCCCUGCGAAGGCUCUGAGGCUUCUGUUCUCAUCUCCUCCAGCGCUGGGACUGGCAGCCACUCGCUCUGGGUCUCCGGGCCAUGCCAGCCCCUGGUGACCUCCAGCUGGCUCUGGAGAUGGAGCGCGGGGCCCUGGUACCCUGGGACCUGCGGUCCAGGCCCACCCGCCGUCCAUGGGUUUGGGGUGGCCUUGCCUCGUGGCCUCCAUCUCCUCCCCCGUAAAUCUGCUCGAGGACUGGAGUAGCACGAGGUUGGAUGAGAGGCCGCCAGUGACGCUCAGGGAAUGUCUUCCCUGUGGCCCCAGCAGAGACCCCUCCCCGCCUCCCACCUGUCCCCCCGGGGUCUCUCUCCUCUGCUGGACUCGGUUCCCAGGGCAGAGUCCACACAGGAGAGGAGCCUGGGCCCGAUGAGGGACGCCCCGCCCCACCCCAUCCCCCAGGAGGGAGGCAGGCCCCCCGCCCCGCACCGCCUCUGAGCCUCCCACCUGCUCACAGCCUCACUCUCUGCAUCGCUGGGGCCCAAAUCUCAGAUGGGAAAGUGAGGCCCGAAGCUCGUCACCCAGACCCAAGCGGCAACUCGGGACUCAAACCAGCCAGUCUGGGGCCUGGACCCCGAGGCUGGCGGAACCCCGCUUCUGCCCCUCUCCCUCCUGGCCCAGGGGCACCCAGAGCCCCCACCACGCUCCUGUCACAGGCCCCUCAGGCCGGUGGAUGGGAUCGAGGCCAGGCAGCAGGCGGGCUUGCUGGAGGCCCACGUGGAAGCACCCUGGACAAGACACUGCGAGGCCUGGCAGGCUGAAGGCGGCUGGCGAUGGAGGCCACCCGCCCUGCCUGCAGGCCCUGGAAGGCCGGCCCAGCGCUCUCGGCCAGAGCCUCAUGUUUUCUGGCCUCAGUGGAAACCAGCUUUUUCUAUCCAAGCCUGGACCCGGCCCAUGCUCCCAGAAGGGGCUGAGCCAGCACAAGGCCCACACUUGGCCCUGGGCAGGCCCGUCGUCUCCAGGAUUCCAGAGCCUCCGAGCUGCCCGCUGCCUGCAGGUGUGCAGGCCUGGCCAGCCCAGCAGACACGGCUUGGUGGAGGCCCCCUCCGCGCGGACGUUCGUGUGGGCUCCAGCGAGGGGACUGAGGCCCAGGGUUGCUGCUUCCCCCUGGUCAGGCUGGCCCCUGAUUCUCGGCCCCACUGCUGCAGACACGCCUGCACUGCGUCUGGGGGCCUGGAUUGACAGGGCUUCCUCCCCCUGUUGCGAGAGAGCUGAUGGGACGCCGGAGGGGCUCACGGUGGUGAGCGUCCCCCAGUGCCCCCGGGGUGUGGGACCCCCCCCAGAGGCAGACACAGCCGUCCUUCUCCAGGAGCUGCGUUCACGGUGGGCCCGAUGGUGGGAAAGGCGGUGCCGUGCCAGGCCCGGCUCCCAGCAGGCCCAGCUGGUUUUCUUCUCUGGCUGGAGUCCACAGAGCCCUGCCUGCCACAACACGGAAGCUUCCAGGACGCCCUGCAGGCCAAGCCAGCCCGCCCACAGGCCAGGCCAGAGGAGGGAGCUGGGACCCGGGCCCUGGACUCAGCCGCUUGCUGGCAGGAGUUCCGGGCUCUGGCCUGGCCUCUUGGUCCGUUGCCUGUGAGGUGGUGACAACAGGUCCCUCCUGGAGUCCGCGCAUGGAUCCAGCCAAGACCUCUGGGCCCAGUGCCCCAGGGUGAGGGGCCCACGUGAACCUCACACGACUGGGGCAGAGCCGUGCGCGGAGGCCGGAGCUCUGCUCUUUCUGGCAGAGACCACGGACGCUCUCCGGAAGCAAACAUCGAGCCCUUUCUGAAAGUCACGGGUGGUCUGCCCGUUGGUGCCCAAGGCUGUGCUGACCGGCACCCCACCCACCUCCCCUGGCCCCCCCGGGGGACGGCCUGUGGCUGUGAGCUGAAGCCCCACUGGCCGUGGACCCUCUGCUCUAGGCCCUCGGGCUUCAGGGGCUCAGCCCCCUCCAGGGGGCAUCUGCUGCUGGGCCAUGAGACAGCCCCAGAAAGAUGCACCUGCCACGGCGCACCCCACCCCAGCCAGGGCGCACCCCACCCCAGCCAUGCUGUAGCUCACCCCCGCCAGGGCAUACCCCACCCCAGCCAGGCUGUACCCACCCCCAGCAGGCCGU